CCGUCCCGUCUUGUAUCGCCUGGCCUGGCCACCCUCGACGGCUCUCCCGGAGAAGAAGCGGGGCGGCCGCGGGGGCAGGCAAGAGCUCGGGCGAGCCGGUCCCGGCCACCUCACAGAGGCCGGGCUGCGACACAGCCGGCCCGGCCGGUGGUGGCUCCGAGCGACGCUCCGUCGGGCGACCCGGCAACCCGUCCGACCGCUAACAGCUCCUUCCAGCACAGCACCAUUCACGAUGAAAGUCCCCCUCAAGAGACAAUUCAAGAUGAGCUUGCUGGAUAUCACCAAGAUGUUCUCCUUGUUCCAACCCAGCGAAGAUGAAGAUGGGGACAGAGAAAGACAAGAGCUGAGUCUCGCCGUGUCCCAGGACAACUACCAGCUGUUGGACCAACUGUUGCACCAAGAGAGUUACAAACGGGUCAUCAAUAAUCGGAGCGGUUGGGGGGUGCCAGGCACUCCCCUGCGCCUAGCGGCCUGCAAGGGCCAUAUCAGGUGCGUCAAGGUGCUUCUGGACCACGGAGCUGAAGUGGACAGCUUGGAUGUCAAGGCCCAGACACCACUGUUCGUUGCCGUCAACAAUGGGCACCUUGACUGUGUGAAGGUCCUCUUGGAGGCAGGGGCCUGUCCUUCUGGGAGCAUUCACAACAACUGCACCCCGCUGCUCACGGCUGCGAGAGAAGGAGCCCUGGGAAUCCUGCAGGAGCUGCUGUCACACGGGGCAGACCCUAACGUCAAACCUCGAAUCCCAGAGUGGGCGGCCAACUCCGUGGCCUGCUGUGGACCUUUGUAUUUGUCUACUGUCUAUGGUCAUCUGGAGUGCUUCAAAACCCUCUUGCUGUACGGGGCUGAGCCCAACUACAACUGCUUGGAUAGGAACAUGAUCACCCGAAUUAAACACCCCAAGACUCUCCUGGAAGUCUGCUUGAAGCAUGGCUCCAGGGUGGAGUUUGUCAAGCUCCUCAUUGAUUUUGGUGCCAAUCUAUACUUGCCUGGCAUCACGCUGGAGAAGAGCUCAGCAAACCCUGAAGUGCUUGAGCUGUUGGCCAGAGAAAGAGCAUUGCCCAAAUCCUUGAUGUCUCAAUGCAGACUGGCAAUCAGAAGAUUUAUGAAACUGGAGAACCAUCCCAAAGCUGUGGAUCAACUGGACAUCCCACUAGUGCUGCUCAACUACCUCAAACACCAAGUGUAACAGAAGAUCGACACUGAAUUGCCCAGGGUUACCAAGUAAUGUAACUGGAUAACGAAAAAAGAAAGGAAUUAAGAAAGAAAGAGAAAGAAAGAAAGAAAGAGAAAGAAAGACACUUCUAAGAAUUGAAACACAAGUGUGUGGUGGUUUGCUUGAAUGAAUUUGAUGGUGUGUGUGAAAAAUAAUGCACUAGCUAAACAGAGUUUCCCAAUUUAGGGAAUCUUAAGAAGCGUGGACUUCAACACCCAGAAUUCCUCCAGCCAGCAUGCUUAAUAUUAACAAAUUCAGUAUCUUAAUGUUAACAAGUUCACCAACUUUACUUUAACCUUGACUAACUAAAAUGGACAAAAAAAAUCUCACUCUCCUGGUGAACAGCUGGGAAGAAUCAAGCUUUAUUCUUGUGGGGUUUUUUUUUGAAAAUCAAGCUCCAUUGCUCAAAAACAGAGAUUCGCAACACCAAGUUAACAAAAGGGCACAAUUAAUGAAGAGAUAGAACAAAUGAAACCCAUUGCUCUUAUCAGGAGAGGGACAUUUUAGAAGGAAUUCUAAAAUUCUUUGGUCUUUAACUGUGACAUUCCUAUGUUUGGACUCGGCUACAAUUUUCAUCUGUUUUUGUCAGGUUCUAAAACCCAAGAAAAACAUGCAGUUGUUCUAAACAGAUUUGUGGGAUGCAGAAUAACAGAGUUGGAAGGGACCUUUAAGGUUUUCUAGUCCAACCCCCCUGCUCCAAAAGGAGAUACCGUCCCAUUCUGAAUAAAUGAUGUCCAGGGUCUUCUUGAAAUAUUGAUAUAUUGACCAUCAUUUGUGUUGUAAAUGUCAUACCUUGAUGAAGGUAUUUUUUCUUUUAUGUACACUGAGAGCAUAUGCACCAAGACAAAUUCCUUGUGUGUCCAAUCACACUUGGCCAAUAAAAUAAAAUAAAAUUCUAUUCUAAAAAGAAAACCUCCAGUGAUAGAGCACCCACAACUUCUGGAUGCAAGCUGUUCUUUAUUUAUUUCUUUAUUGUUCUUCACUUACAGACAGAAAUCUUGCCAAAGUAGACUUGUCCCAUCAGGGGAAUUCUGGGAGUUGAAGUCCAAACAUCUUAAAGUUGCCAAGGUUGAAAAAUUCCAUAUUUGAUAGCUCAUCUUGUGGUACCAUAUGAGUGUUUUAAUCAAUAUCACUUUUGUUUAAUAAGAUUGGGAAAUGCAAAUAUGAAUUUAAUUAUUACUAGUGGAAGCAUUUUUAAUUCUCUAGGUAAAAGUAAAUGCAAUUUUAAGAGCAAACUCACUGCCUUAAAUGCAAACAUUUUUUUCCUCUCAAAUUCUGAAGCAAAAUCAGAUUUAUUUUAAAGAUAUAUAUCGUUAUAUUCCAUCAUUAAGUCAAUCUAGAACAACAGAUUUUCAUGAAAAUUAUUUUGCAUGUUUUCAGCACUGUUCAGUUUAAUCUGGGAGAAGAUUGUUUAUGCUGCAAUAUCACAGGCUCAAUAUUAAUAAAUGGAUGAAUAAAUGGCAAAAUUAAUUGCUUGGAUUCAUCUGAAAAGUCACAGAUUUUUUAAAAUUCAUCAGUGUCUUUCCCUGUCAGGAGGAUGCCAAACUGGACUAAAACUGCUGCCUUGAGAACUAUUUUGACAAUAUUUUAAUUAUAGUGUUUAUUUUAAUGUUAAGCAAUAAUGCCUGUAAAAUGAAAUAUGUUUUUAAAAAAAGAAUAGUACAGGUUAUUUUCCACUAGGUGACAGUAUUGAACCAAAAACAUUACCUAGGUACCAUUAUGUAUUGUUGUUCUAUAAUUCUAACAGAAGGGGGCAGAAGAGGACAAUUGCACUCAAGCUCUACUUGAGCGAUUCAGGAAGGUGCAAAGAUGGAGGUGAGAUUAUGAUGGAUUUUGGACCAAAGUGGCAAAGUCCUUCUUUGGUUUUCUUCUCCCAUGUUUGCAAAGAUCCUAGCCAUUUUGUAACCCAAGCCUCCCUCCUCCUCCCUCCCUCCCUCCCUCCCUUUCCUCCUCCUCCUCCUCUUCCUUGGAAAGACUAUUCUGAAAUAGUACAUUCUGACAAUUUCUUCUGCUUGUUAAAGAAAAGCUGGUUUUAGAGCUUAUACUGUCAUUUUCAUAUUGUUGGCAAUUAUGAUGUUGAACAGAGUUGGAGGGUUGUGGCAAAUUUUGGGGUUCCCAUCUCUAUUGGACAGUUUUAAUUACUAUCUCAUCUGCCGCAUGUAAAAAACUAGGCUUUAUGAGAAAUCCAUCUGCCAAUAUCAUCUUGGAUAUUUUGAAGCACAGGGCAAUAGAAAAGCGUUUGCAUUAUUUAUAAACCCAAAAUCUAAUUAUGUCAGAGGACUGUGAACCCUAUUAACCAGCAUUUUCUAAGCCAUAGGUAGGUCUCCUGAGGGAAAUGUUGAGUUCCGUGCUUUGGUUCUUUCAAAAUGGAACUGGGGAAGCUGUCAGAAACACAGAACAAUGUUGUCUGAGGAAUAGCUUGGAGGCUGAAUUAUACACAGAUAGCUCUUUGUGUUCUGUAUUGAUUCAAAAAUACAGAGUGCUGAGAACCUUUUCUGAUUCCAAUCACCAUUUAAACUGUUUUGUGGGUCAACGGAGAGCUGAAUUUUUUGGCAGAAGUAACAGGUGACCUCACAAGAUAAUUACUGGAGGAGGAGGAGGAGGAGGAGGGAGGGAGGGAGGGAGGGAGGGAGAGAGAAGGAGGAGGAGGAGAAGGAGGAGGAGAAAUUAUUUCUUGGAAUAAUUGGUUGACCCAACCAAUCAAGCCAUAGCCAUUUAUCAGAAGGAAAACUGGUGAGUUUGCUCACCCAUCAACCUUGCUUCUAACUUCUAAAAACAAAGCAAAGCCAUCACAUUGCCUCACAUUCCUUUAUUUUGUGGCUCUUUCUGACAGUUCUAGUAGUAGAUUUUUCCAGUUCAAUCAGCUGCCAGAAUCUCUGCUUUCUGAGCAAUCCUUUCUUGGCUCAUGGAAGUGCUAGAGGCUAGACUUCAAGAUGAUCCAGAGCAUUCAAAUAAAGCAAACUACAUGAUAACAUAACCUCCCUGGAAUAAAAAUGAGACAAACUCUCUUAUAUGUAGUCCUCAGCUAUUGAUCACAACUGGGGGGGGGGGGCAGCAGAAUUUUCAUUGCUAAGUAAGAUGGUUAGGUGAGUCUCACCUGAUUUUACAACCUUUUUUGUUAUGAUUGUUAAGUAAAUCACUGCAGUUGCUAAGUGAAUCGGGGAAUUGUUAAGCAAAUCCGCCAUUGUUGUUGGCUUGGAAAGUUGCAAUAGCCAUCCCAUGACCCCAGGAUGCUGCAACCUUGCGUAAAUAUAUGCUGGUUUCCGAGCACUCAAAUGUUGAUCGCUUGACCUUGGAGAUGAUGUGACGGUUGUAAGUAUGAGGACUGGUUGUAUGUCACUUUUUGUGGUGCUGUUGUAGCUUCAAACAUUCGCUAAACAAAUGAGUGUAAGUCGAGGAUUACCUGCAUCCCUAACCUGAGCUAUCUUUGGGGGUGCUUCAGUUGCAACCAUUUCGCCAUUGUGUUUUCUGACAAUGGUUAGCUGCAUCCUAGAAAAAUAAACAGGGGAUUGGAAGCUGGCCCUUUGCUUUGCAGCAGGCCCUUCCCUUAAGGAAAAAUAAAAUGCUGGCUAGGGAAUUCUGGGAGUUGAAGUCCACACAACUUAAAAGUUGCCAACCUUGACAAACAUUGCUGUAGGCUCCUGGCAAUUACUCCAUUGGACUAUCUCUAAUCUAGCUUGCUUUGACACUCAAGCAAGCAGGAUGGAUGCUAAAAUUCCCGUGUUUUCCUUUGAACUUAAUGUUGCUCAAAUGCUACGUUCCGAGUCUGUAGUUUUCAGCCUGCAAAAAACAUAACCGGGUAUCUACCCUCAGUUUUUUUAAAAUUUGAAUUUAUAUCCCGCCCUUCUCCGAAGACUCAGGGCAGCUUACAUUGUGUUAAGCAAUAGUCUCAUCCAUUUGUAUAUUAUAUACAAAGUCAACUUUUGACUUUGGCAGGGUCUUCUUUCCCUCCAGAAGUGAAAAUAAUUGCAAAGAGGUAUAGCAAGAAAGAAAAAGAGAG